CCGGCAGCACUCCGCGCACGACCGUCGUGCCGUACGUGCGCGCGCGUGUACGAAUCUCUUUCUUUUCCUCCAUAUAGCCGCAACCGCUCGCGCGAAUGUAUACAAGCCGAAGGAAAUCUCGAUGGUCGCUCGGCGCGGCUGCGACAGUAUGACAUGUGUGACGUGCGCGCGUGAUCGAUUCCUCGACAAUACUAUAUACCACCAUCAAUAUGCUGCGGCAACCAACGACUCGCGCCCUGGGAAUCCCCGGGGUAUGUGUGAGAGCCGAUUGACUGGAGCCUGCUAAAAGGCGCGCCAAGCUGGUCAACUAGACUCUCGCCGCAGAGUCAGCAGCAGCAGCAACAUGCCGUUCGUCACGAGGAAGGUGGAACCGCGCUUCCUGAGCCGGGGCCACGUGCCGAGCGGUUCGCGCGACUGGCCCGUCGGCGCUGAGCUCGAGGCAGUGGCCAACGGCGCGCUAACGGCUUCGCUAAAGCAGCUGGCCUCGCUGCUCGUCGUCGCCGAGGACAUCUUCGCCGAGCUCACCGCCGAGCUCGCCGGCAUCGCCGAGAGGAGCGGCAAGCUCAGGGCCAGGAUCGACCGGGUCGAGGAGCGACUCGCCGAGCAGGACCCCAAGAAGAUACCAGUCCCGGAAUCGGACAUCUGUACGUUCGCCCAGCGCACGCUGCACUUCCACGUGGGCAACGAGCCGGAGCGAUGCCUCUUCACCUUGGACACGAGGCCGAAGGCGCUGCGCCAGUUGUACGAAGCCGCGGCGGCGGUCGCGGUUCGCAGCCUCGACUCGCUCAGGAGGGAUAGGGACGCGACGACCAGCUCCCUCGAGAUGUUCAUGUGCACACCGAUACUCGGCAAGAGGAGGCAGCGCGAGCAGAGCCUCGACAUCGAGUCGCGAGUCCCCCGAGCGAUCGAGGAUCUGCGGCGGUGGACUUCCGCGGAGGCGUUGGGCGACGUGACGGUGGCGCCGGACUGCAUGUCCCGCAUCCUGGCUGACAACGCGAUGGACGAUAGCCAACCGGUCGAUCACAAGCUGCCUAGUCCCGAAGAGCAGGUGCAGGCUGUCGCCCUCAAAUUCCCAGCGGAGAUAGUAGCAGUGGACGUGAGCGGUAAGGGCUUCCAUCGAAUGUCGAUGCGGCGGAAGUCGAUGCACACAGGCCAGGAGUCGCAGGACACGGUGAAGAGGCGAUCGAGGCCGAGGAGGCCGCGCGGCAAGAGACGAAACACCAUCGCCGGUACCGAUCAGAAAGAAAUUCGCCAAGCAGUCGGAGGGGAAGCGACGGCAGACGAGCCGGAGGAGGCGCAAGCGAGUGGCGUCUCAAAGCGGACCCCCCGCUCGGCCAGCACCGAUUUAUUGGGUAGCGGAGGAAGCAAGAAGGACUCGCCAGUCGAGAAGAAGUCGCACUUCAACACGCUCAAAGCCUGGGGACGCUCCAGGCUCAAGCUCAUCAGUCCCAAGUCUAGCCAGCAGAAUCACGCGCACUCGGACGUCAAUGCGUCGACCACAUCUCUGUCAAGCAUCGCUAUGGCUUCCCGUCAGCAGGUCGUGGAUGACGAUAUUCACGUCGUCGAAGACGUGGUCAUGUAUGAAACACUGACGAUUGGUCGACGUUCACGUCGAGAGGUUCUGACACACGAACGCAAGCCCAGCUCGUCGAGUUCCACUGCCUCGAGUAUCCAGAAACCUCUGGCUCUACAGCAGACUAACGGCCCAACGACGAGUCUGUCCAAGGACGAGGAGCCAGAGAAGAUGUCCGGUUCGCUGGCGACACAACAGUCGAGAAGGGAUAGCGUGAAGCUGAGAGAAAGCGCUGCUGAGAGACGCGAACGAAGGAAAGCCAGCAGUCGAGCUGAUGAACCACCGCAUUCGAGCUCCGGAAACUGGAGUGCCUCUUCCGAGAGUGGCAGGGCCAGCAUCGGUAGCGAGACGACUACCACCACACAUCCGCCAAGAUCGACGACGACAGCAUCGAUCGGCACAUCAUCGACAUCUCUGUCCCACGCGCGUCGCUUCAAGGGACGGGAUACUUCGGCUUCAUCAUCGGUGACGUCGGAAGGUACUUUAACUCCCGACAUAAUCCAGGACAUCAGCGCGGUGCCGUUUUCGGACGACGGCGAGACCUCGUCGGUGUAUUCCUGCGACACCGAAGGAUACUACACGUCCUUCCAUGUGGAUUCGGGCCUGAAGACUCUUCGUGAAGAGGAACCACCAAUGCCACAGAGUCCGCUGACCAAGUCCAACGAAGUCCAGUCGGACCCGACCUCGCCCAUGAUGGAAAACGAAUACGAACUCUUCGGUAGGGGUUCGACCUCUACGACUACCAGCUCAGCUGGUACCGUUUGUACUACGCUCAUGGCGCCACCCCCGCCUGAGAGGAAGUCCAGCUUGACCGUCGUUGCUAUGGUUCACGGACAAAAGCAAAACGGCGGUGAGUCACCGGACAGUGGGCACAACACGUCCUCUUCGCCCGUCGAGUCCGCUUCUAGUCCGGCCUGUACCGGCCGAUCCUGCUCCGAGUUCGAGUACUCGGAGUCGAGCGACCUCGAGGGCUGCGAACGAAUCGAACGAAUCCGUUCCAAGACUGCCAUCAACACUAGCCGUAUACCUUCAAUGUGCGUCAUCACACCCCCAGGCUCCGAUGACGAGCACAACCAUCAUCACCAUCGUCACCAUCACAAGGAACAUCAUCACUCCAAAGACCAGAAGCAGAAAAAAGACAGAAACGCCAGUCCAGGAUCUGUUCUCAUGUCCGCCACCGUUGGAACCUCCAAGAUGGAGGUCAUCAACGGACAGGACAAGAAUCUUUAUGCUACGGUUCAGACCGUCAUGGCUCCAGCGAGCUCUAAUAACAACGUUGAGAAAACACCCACAGAACAGAACAGCAAUAACAACAAUAUCAACAACAACAAUAAUAAUCAAAAGAUCAGUCCUCUGAGCGGCGUGUUAGGCAAGCUUCGCGGUGUUCUGCCAGGCAGGAAACACCAGCAGAAGCCGAUUACAGCGCAAGAAGCUGGCCAACAACAGCAUAAUCACAACAACAAUCCGCAGCCGGACUCCGGCGACUAUGUGACCAUAGCCGACGUGAGGAACAAUAACGACAAGAGGCGGCAGGAUAACGGCGGACUGACGACUGUGAGGCCGUCGGCCGGUGUCACCUACGCUAAUGCCGAUCUGUUCAGGCGAGAUGCGGAGUAUGUGAGUCUCAGUGAGCUGCCGAAAAAGCCCGAUUCGUCGCUCGAGAGGCGAAGACAGGGUGCUCGGGUCACAUUAGAUUCCGAGGGUAAAGUUGUUUACUCGUCAGACAGUCUCAAGAGGAGGAAGGGCGCGCACACCACCUUCAUUCCAGGGCCAUUCGUAAAGGAAGGCCCUUCGUCACCAGCUCCCUCUCCACUGCUUCACCGGGCCCACAUCACACCUCGCGCGGUACAGCGCACUGCCCCGGAUGCCGUCGAUGGCGAAGCUAAACCCGCCUCUGAACCCACCGUCGCUCCCCAGCAGCAGCAGCAGCAACAACAGCAACAGCCACCGCAACAACCAGGCAAAGUGAUAAUCCGUGCAGCCAAGUCCCCGGAACGGGCCUCGAGUCCCGACUACGUUCGAACCCCGUCGACGGUCGUCGGGCCCACCAACGCGACGACGACGCAGCGCCAGACGCGCCAAGGCGCCUACGUUAACGUCCAGGGUGCUCCCGACGAAGACAAGGCGUUGCUAGCGAUCCAGCCAAGCGAGCCGGUCUCGACUUCGGCCUGUUCGAACCAGCAGCCCCAGCAGCAUAAGCAUCCGCAGCAACAUCCCCAACAGCCACCCCCUUACGUCGGGCCACCCCAGGUUCACAAGCUGCACGAGGACUACCCUUACCAAGUGGUUCACCAGACUCAUCAGCUCCAGUCUCAGUUGCGUCAGAAUCUGCCAAACGCCAAUAAUCAGCAUCAAGCUUACCACCAUCACCAACAGCAUCCGAUGUACGCGCAGCACAUAGUGGACCCCUACCAACAACUCAUUUACGAAAAUGCUCAGAACCAGGUCUACUCGAACUACACUGAGAAACAAAAGAUGUACGCCCAGCAAAUGCACAACCCAGUUCAGGGCUACAACAAAGCUAGUCAACAGCAACAGUUCUAUACACUGCCAAACAGGAGGCCACAACGUGAAGUGAUAUUGGAGCCACCAAGAAGCAUCACCCCCGACAUUACUAGGGGUCUGGCCAGACACGGAGCUUUGAGCGCUGCGCACAUGCUUGCCAGACAGGGACAGAAAGCUGGAUCAGCCGAAAAAAUCAUCGCACAUCACCAUGGACAGGGUGGAUACAACUGCCAAGCUGAUCUGAAUAGGAAGAACCUUGAACAGUUCGAGGCGAGGUGUAAGCCGAGUGCUCAGCAGCAUCAGACGCCGGUGGACGUGAAAAACAGAUUCGCUUCACCACUGGGUCUCUCUGCGCUGGGCUACCGAUUUUUCGCUUCCACAAUCCAAGAUGGACUGAGAAGUAUACCGAUCUCUCCCAUCGGUCCGGAGCACACAAACGGUUUCAAAUCGUCUACACCAACGAGUGGAGUAGGUCGAGUGGCGCCCACGGUGGCCGAGCGCCUAGCAUUGCAAUCUCAGCGAUGCGUCUCUCCGAACCCGGCCCUCGUGCAGCAACAACAACAGCAGCGUAGCGAUUCACCUGCUAGCCUUGUUCUUUCGCCCAUAAGGAGUACUAUGUCUAAUGAAGAACUCUUUGCGGCGAUACACAAGUCCAAAAGGAGGCUGAACAUCAAGGAUGAUCCGGAGAGUCUGUCACCCGCAGGAUCUGUUACUUCGCUGUCCAAAGGACAGCAGGUCGUUGGCACGAGGCACAGCUGGAGCCCUGAGUCGCAGAAAGUACCAGAGAUUCCCAAAACAGUGCUGUCGCCCUCGGCAACGUCGCGCAUGGACUUCAAACGUCUCCUGCUGCAGCAGGCCAUCAAGGCUGGUCCCACGCGCAUCUCGGCCGCUGAGCAGCUCAAGCUCUCUCGUCAGCAGUGCCAAGACGCCCACCAACAGCAACAACCCUCAUCGCCAAAGCCCAGCAAUCAACAAAUCCCGUUAACGAAGGUCUUGAGCCCCCGAUCCGCCUGGAGGUUCCAGACACCAAGAACUGACGUGCUCUCGUCGACCAUCAUCGAAGACGCCGCAGCCGAGGAGAAGGCCAUGAAACCCUCGCCCGAAACCCCUUCGCCAGUCUCCACCUUUCCACCGCCCUCGUCCAGGCGUCAGCUGGACCUCGGUACCUCCAGCACUGAAACUCGUGACAUCGAGGAGCUGAAGAACUCCAUCAACGACAGCAAGAGUCAGCAGCAGCGCAGCCUCGAGAAGCGAGAGAAGGAACUGGAGAACCGACUGCAGCUCGAAGCCGAUCCCGUCAAGGCCAUCGAGCACCGUCGCGUCAGCAACCAGCUCGCCAGGGCCCAGUUCCUCGCGACACCACCUUCUUCGGGCAGCGCCGUCCCACACAAGGAUCUCUUCAGCAGGAGGUUCCGUGCACGUUCCGAGUCACCCCAACAGCACAACAGUGGGAACAAUUCGGCAACUCGCGACCUUUCGCCCCCGAAUGCCACGACGAACACAGCCAGCGGCGAGGGCGCGCUCGUCGCGCGCAGCCCUAGCGCACCUGCCCUCGAGACUGCCCUGUAAUUAUUAUCGUUGUAGACGUUCUUUGAUGGAUGAGAGCUGUGUGAGGGCCUCGAAUCGGUUCAUCGAGGUCCAGGUGUUUUUCAAACGUAUGAGUUGUUUAUUAUUUUUUUUAUGCGUACGAAUUAUGUGGGUUAUAGUCAUCCGGUAGGGGGCGCUGAUUGACUGCAGUCAACGGUUCUGAUGGCGGAGAUGUAGCCCUCGACGUUACUUUUGCGUGUGAGACCGUUAGUGAUUUUGUCCGUUGCGUUGCGAAAGGAGUAUUUCUCGUCGGUCCGUAUCGAGUUUUUGUCUCCGGGUAUGCGCAGAAGCUCGAUAAUUUUCAUGAAAACGAUGGGAAUCGUCCGAAAGUUCUCAGAAAGUCUCCCGGACACCUCGAUGUCGAAGGACGAGAAUCUCUCUCUGUAAUUAUGAUUUUAAAAACUCACUUUGUAAAACUUACAAACUUACCGAAUUUUUAACAUGUAUCAUACCUUACUUUUGUAUGCUACACUCAACUUCGAUAUAGGUAAAAAAGUUACUCCACAAUGUACAAGGCAAACGAAAAUAAAACGUACCGUCACGUACGUUGGCCGUUUUUUAAAAUUCACUUUUAUACGAAAUUUUUACAACUCAACGGGUAUACAUCUACAGUGUGCGCAUCGUACGCUCAUCGACGUAUCGCCCGAUCGACUGAGACACAACCUAUGAGCGAAGCAUGAGUUUCGUUCAAUCGUCUUGUGUGUGACUGUGAAAGAAAUGAAUUCACGGCGGGCCGCCUUUUCCGCGACUCGCAACAACGUAGAUAAUUCUCUACGACUUUGUGGAGUGUACGGGAGAGCCAAGUCCGCUGCAUCGGCAGCCUUUGAAUAAGUUAUGUUAAUUUAUUAUUAUUUUUUUACAAAAAGUAAUUCGUGUAUUCAUAUGUUGUAAAAUGCGACGAAGCCUUGUAAAUAUACCGAAAUUAGGGAGAUGCGAGAGUUGUCGUCGGUUUGUAUUUACCACACGUAACUUUGUAUUAACGAAUGCGUUCGAAAAUGCCUUUCAACGUUAUACUUUGCCUGUAAACUAUGUGAAAAAGACUCUCGCAUCUCCUUGAGUCAAAUAAUUUAUAUAAUAUAUACACGUUACAUUAUGUACUUUAAACACUUGUAAAAGCUAGCUUAAAGUCUUGAUCGCUUGCUGCUAGUCUAGUCUGGGUAGUUUAGGAAGACCUUCCUAAAGUCACUCCCGGCCGAGCUUUCAUCGGAAACUUCGUAAGACCGGGAGCGAUCCUCUCACUGAUCAAUCGAAGCGUCGAAAAAUUCUUGUAAAAUGACUCUCUAUGCCAUUCGCGAGUGAUUACCCCGAGUACAGUUGGGAAAUCGGCGACUAUCGCUUUUGUGUAAGCAUAGAGUCUUGCUUUUUUUAUCUAUAUAAACAUCGGACUCGCAAAAAACGUAUACGUACGAGGAGAAUACGUAACAUUAAUAUAUAUAUAUAUAUUCUGUAAUGAAUUUAAAGAGCGUGUAGUUAUAAAAACGAAAGAAUCAACAAAGUUGCCUUAAUUAAAUUAUUUAAUGUCUAUAGAACAAAGGUACGGAUGUAGAUUUUCUGAACGCCUGAAUUCCUUUAUCGUAAAAGAGACGCGCAAUAUGACUCAUUUUUAUCUCUAAAAACCCGCAAAACCUACUGCUCCUCCCUUCACCUCUUAUUCACCCUUUUCCUAUCAUCUUCUAAGUAAUAACGAUGUAAAGAUUGUAACUUAUAGAGCUUAAGCCAAUAAUGACCAUUUUGUACUUUGCUGAGAAUAAAUACAAAAAUCAAAUUUAA